AGGUUACUGUGGAUCAGAAAGUACUCACUCCGAAGUUCGUUGAUUGUUUCCACUGGAAGAUGGCCUCUCCAGCCAAACUUCUUCCUGUUGGUUGUUGUAUAAUCUUCUUGUUGUUACUAUGUCCUGCAUCAAGCGUCUCCAACGACCGGGAGGAGCCCAUGAAGCGAGAUCAAUCUUGCGCCAUAGAAUGCCAGUCCCAGGAUAAGCGUGUGCCGAGCAACUCAACAGCCUUUCUGUUUGCCAAAAGCCUGGGAACGCAGGAAAUGGAGAAGAUCAGGUCGCUCUCCUUGGAUGCCUCGUCCUCCUCAAGAAAGAAGCACUUCAGGUGUGCGAUCUCCCGUAACCAGCUGGCCUCUAGCUGGAAUGCCUGCCCGCCCUUCACCAUCUCUCUUGGCUCCUGCAACACCAUGUGCGGGCUGUUCAUCAGGAGGAGAGGGCAGGGAAGCCGAACCUCGCAUGUGGCCCCGUCGAUCAUGAGAAUCCGGGGUGGCGGUUGGCUCCCCUGGAAUCAAGACAAACCAGCUGAAGCCUGCAAUGGAACAUGCCAUGCAAGGCUGAAGUGUUGUAGUGCGGACGGGGCCUUGAAGACUAACAAGGGCGUCAACGAGAAUGGAGAAGUUGGCGACAGCAAGGAUGAGGCGAAAUGGAAGAGAGAAAAGUGCUCUGUCCAUGAGAAAUGCAAGGAAGGAUGCAAUGAAGCUGCUGGGGAACAUC